GCCCCUGAAGAAGCCGGCGAUGGCCAAGGACAUUGGCUGGGAGCCCGGUGUUGGCCUGGAGCUGCUCGCCCGUGCUCAGGAGUCGUCCACGGAGGUGGACUCCGAUGAGUUCAACUACGACCAAACUCCGCGGAGGCCCCUGAAGAUCCUCAAGAAGCCGGCGAUGGCCAAGGCCAAGGCGGUCAGUGACAA